ACAAAAGCUCAUGCUCCAAAACGUCUGUUAGUCUAUAAGGUGCCACAGGAUUCUUCGCUGCUUUUACAGAUCCAGACUAACACGGCUACCCCUCUGAUACAUUUCAUUGUAGAGAGUGCAAAUGUUUGCUGUUCAAAAGUGGCUGCUUCUGGGAUGAUGCAGGCUCCUCCUACCAAGGGCCUUACUUGGACAUCUUGUAAGGAACAGUCAGAGAGUAAAGAUCCUUAUCUCCUAUUCCUUCUUACCUCUUGGAGGCUCUUGCUCUUUGUUCUUUAGGAAGGGACCAAGGCAGUGAUGCACCUAAGUCUGAUAUCAUGUCUCUUCCUUUACAGGGGAAAAUGGCAGCCACUGGCCAGUCGUUAAUCCCAGCCCCACUCACAGGGAUUCCCUUCCUAAAGGCCUCACAUUUUCAGAUAGGGUUUGACCAUAGACCACAGGGAAACGUUGUUGAAUCUCCUUUCCGCACUGAUUUCCCUCCCUUAUGGGGCAGUUACAAACCAGACCCAAUUCUGCUUCCAAACUCCAAGGGGGUUUUGAAUCAGGAUAUGGAUAAAACCAGGGAAACCUGGUCAGAAACCCACCUGGCAUUUCCAGUGAGAUCCCUGGAACCAAAGCCCAAAAUCUGUCCACCAGAAUCUCACCUCCAAAUGCAUGGAGAUUCCCAGACCAAAAUUUUCACCUCAACUGCAAAGGAGAGCUAUCCUUGGCCAGAUGUGACGCUGCAGGGACCAGCUUCCACCAGAGCUUAUUACAAUAAGGAGGAAGAUCAUUUUCCUUGUGGAGACAAAGACAAACUAAAGCUCCUGCCUUCUGUCUAUCGUUUUUCAUACCCAGCGUAUGAGAUACUCGAGCCCAUUGCCAGAGCGCCAUCUGUACAUCUGGGAGGAAUUCCCUCAAUUAAAGGUGACAGAUGCUCCUACUAUGGCACUUCUUAUCAAGCACAGUUUGAGGGUGGCUGGAUCCCUCCUGUGACGUCCUGUGGAAAGAGCAAGUCUUCCAUUGUGUUUGGGGACCCCAGGAGCAGUGUCAGCACCAGCGAGGAGAAACAUGCCUACACUCUCCAGGACACAAGGAACCACAGAGUCUAUGAUAAAGAACAUGCUGUCUUCCAAAUACACAAGACGAACAUCAAGCCAGGGGAUGGUUGCACCAGAUUCUUUACUGUGGCACGGGAGUCGUUCCCUCGGCGGGAGCUAGCCCCUGUGAAAGUUAUGUGUCUAAGCAAACAGAAUUCAUCGAUCCCCAAAGGCGACGAAGACCUUGAGAGGAGUAGGGAGCUUGCAACCACCACCACUAGCCGAUUCUUCCACACCCAGAUUGACCUGGGGGAACGUCCAUCUCAGCCAGACGUGCCACCGUGGAGACUACAAAGCAAAGUGCCCCUGGGUGGCAAACAUUUAAACGCCUGUUUCUUCAGCACAACGCAGCACUCGGAUUAUCAGCCGCCACCCUAUAGCCAGAGGGAGGUGUCCAGCAGCAAGAGCCACCUCAAGAGCCACAUGGCCUUUAAUUAUCCCACAGGUAAAGGUGCUGUCACGACCACACAGGCUAUGCUGGUCCCGCACAGACAGUGGAUGGUCCGGCCCUCGGAGGAGUUGCUGCAGCAGAUUAAAUACUCUCACCUGGUCCCACCAUGGCAGGGGCAGCGCUUUUUUGGGACUGAGCAUCACGAUGAGUUCACCCCCAAGUACGGCGGCCCUGUGACUAUCUGCGGGGGGAACUUUCAAGUGAGCAGCAUCCCCCUGGGCACCCUGAAGAAGUACUGCCCCCAGAGGCAGAUGGUCUUUGCAACAUAACGUGCUGCUUUCCUAUGGGGGCUCUCAAUGCCACUCUCCAGGGGCUGCCUACAAAUAAACACAGGUACCUGGCUUCUGUGGAGAUGCUCCCUGUGCUCUGCCCUCCCUGGGUUCUGUAGCACCUGGCUGAGGUCUCUGUGCCAAACUCAUCUCAGGAAUUGGGCAGAGUCGUAGCAGGGAUGAACUGGGCCAGCUGGCGACAAACCUGCCUCCAGGUCAGCUCCAGGCUGCCCUCUGUGCUCCUGCUGAACUCCCAUUCACAGCGGGGAGGAGUCACAACCUAGCUCCGUUUCCCUUUGAUGGGGGCGGGUAACAAAUCUCAGCUGGGAUCCGAGCACCCUUGUGCUGAGCGCUGCUCACGCACUGGGCAGGAGACUGUCCCUGCCCUGUCUGAAUUGAUCAGAUGGACAGUGAGUGAAAAAAGGUCCAGGCCCAGAGAUGAAGUGGCUUGCCCAGGGGCAUGUAGCAGCUCAGUGGCAGAGCUGGGGGCUGGCUAGAGAAAAGGGACGGUUGAGUGAGUAGGGGCUUGGGAAACCCAGGUUCAGUUCCCAGCUCUGCUGCAGCCUCUUUGUGUGAUGUGGGGUAAGUCACUGAAUCUGCCCCAUGAAAAGGGAAUGAUACUUCCUACUCCUGUGUGGCUAAAAUUCAUUGGUUGUGAGAUGCCCAGGCAUGACUGGGAGGAGGUCAGACAAGUACCUUUCUAGAAAAGAGCCCAGGUCUCCUCAGUCCCAGGUAAGGGUCCUGUCCACUGGCCCCACCCUGUAUCUGCUGCGGAGCCUCCUCCGUUCUAUUUCUGUGUCUUAUGAAAGCAGAGUUUUAUGGUGGUACUGUACCCACACUGAUGCCUGUGACUUAUCUCUGCUCCCGAGUUGGCACUAGGGACACCAUGGCAGCUUGGGCCCCUGUAGUUCCGCAUCACACUGUUAUGGCUUUGUGCCCCCACCCUGAAGUGGGAUAUGUGUAGGGCCAGACACCCAUAGAGGGCCCCAAUGACUUCCGUUGGGGGUUGCUCUGCAGAAUGGGGACUGGGCAGAGGUAGGGCACCCAAACUCUCUAGCCAUGUCCCUCCAGCUCUGGAGUUCAGGAGGUGCAAAGGGGCCAGCAGCUGAAGGGUGAAGGGAUUCACGUACAGCUGGAGCUGAGCAGGGUCUUUGGGCGAAGCGAUUUCCCUGCAACUGAGGGCAGCAGCAAGUCUAGCCGGAGGGGAGGUUUCAGGCUAGUACUUAGCAACCAAAAAAGAUUUUUCCCUCCCUUCCUGCCAUGGAUGGGAGGGGCUUGAGGGGGAGAGUGUGAUUGAGAGGGGGAAGCUUCCAGGUAUAAGGGGAGAAUCGGCAGCUGAGGAGUCAGGGUGUGACAGUGCCAGAGUUUGAGGCCACAGAGAAAGAACUUUGGAAAACAGCCCUGCUGUGACCACCCCUUACAUGGGUAGCACCAGAGACUUCCCACCCCUGCGGCUGAUCUCAGUGCCCAGUGCCCAGUUUGGUGCAGCCCUGAUCUCACAGCCUGGCUGGGAAAUGACGCCCCCGUAAAAUACUUGAGCCGCCUUCCUCGCUGCCAGCCUAGGAAGGAACCGAAGGGCUGAUGCAGGGCAUGUGGGUGUGCCCGCUCAGCUCCUGGCAGCAGCCACUCUCUGCAGUAACGUGGGGAGU